GUUGCAUGCCUGCAUUUGCAGUGCUCUGAACAGGCACAUAAAAUCAAGGGAACUAGGCGACGGUGUUGCAAAGCUGAAGCUCCCUUCCCCGUGCCUCUUAGCAAUCACUGCAGCGAAAGUCUCGGAUGGCGAAUAAAAGUGAUAUGGACGACCCUCUGCGCGGGACAUUUGGCGAGGACAUGGAGGACCUGACAGCGCACCUGGCGCACCUGCCCGCCGGGCGCUCCAGCCAUGAUGGGCUGGACCUAGGCGAUAACACGGAGCUGCAGGGCAACAUGGACCGCUUCCGUGCCCUGGCCUCACUCGGCGACGACGGCGCCGAUGACCUGUUCACGCCGGGCUUUGGCGGGCUGGGGCUGGGCGGCAGCAGCGCCACAACCGCCACAACCGCAACCGCCAACUACCCGACGUACGGCGAACUGGCGGCGGCCGGCAAACCGCCGUCGUACGAGGACUCUAUCAUGUACGACCAGGCGCCGUUGGGGCUGCUGGCGCCGGCGGUUGGGACGACCGUUGGAGCGGUUGGCGGCGGCGGCGCGGUGGUGUCGGAUCCGUUGCUGGGCCCGCUUGGCGGCGGCGGCGGCGGCGGGGGCAGCAACGGCGGCGCCGCGGGCUCGUCCUCGUCCUCGGUCGGGGCGGCGGCGGCGCCGACGUCAUCAGCAGCCGCGUCUGCAUCGCCGCUGGUGAGCGGCAUCCCGCCUCAGGAGCAGGUCAUGUACUCGGCGGCGGCGCCGGGCUCCCAGGCACCCGGCACGCCGCCGCAGGCGGGCGGCCGCAGCGGCGGCGCCGGGGCUGCUGCUGCUGCUGCGGCGGCGCUGUUGGACCCGCUGGCGGUUCCGGGGUCGGGCGAGUUCCGAGACGACCUGCAGGCGCUCUCGCCACAGCGCACCACGCCGGCCCACCUGGCGAGCGGCGCGGGGCGCGGCGGCGGCGGCGGCGGCGGCGCGGCGGUGGUUAUCAGCGUUACGGAGCCCAUCAGACGCGAGGCGGGCGGCCUGUUCGGCAUCAAGGGCGGCUAUGUGUCUUAUCUUGUCAAGGCCCGGCCGCGCGGCAGCGGCGGCGGCGGCACCUCGGGCGCGGCUGCCGCCUCUCCUGCCGCUGCCGCUGCCCCCGGUGAGACGGCGGUGCGGCGGCGCUUCCGUGAGUUUGUGGCGCUGGCGGACCUACUCAAGGCCCGGUACCGUGGCUACUUUGUCCCGCCGCGGCCCGAGAAGAACGCGGUGGAAGGGCAGCGCAUGACGGACGCCUUCGUGGAGGAGCGCAGGUUGGCUCUGGAGCGCUACCUCAACAAACUGGCCCGCCACCCCGUGCUCAGUGCCAGCGAGGAGCUGCGCCUGUUCCUGUCCGCGGAGGGCGACCUGGACGCCUGCGCCGCCUGGUCCGCGCUGCGGCCGCUGGGGCACGGCGGCGGCGUGCUGGACGGCACCGCGCGAUUCAGCAAGCAGAUCCUGGGGCUGGACCGGGCGGUGACGGACCCCGUGCAGGCCGCCCAGCCCACCAAGAAGUCCACUGACUUCAUGCGCGCCAUCAAGGAGACCGCACGAAGCAUGCAGAACAAGGGCGCGCACGGCGGCGUGGGCGGCCCCGGCGGCCCGGCGUCGGGCCUGGGCGCGGCGGCGGCGGCGGAGGAGGCGGGCCUGUUGCGCGCGCGCGAGGAGCUGGACACCACCGCGGCGGGGCUCACCAGCGCCAGCAGGGCGGCCGAGCGGCUGGUAUCGCGGCUGGACCGGUGGGCGGUGGUGGCGGGCGAGCUGGGGCUGUCGCUGUUUGGACUGGCGCAGGCGGAGCAGGCAGAGGGCGCGGCGCUGGCGCAGCACACCGGCACGCUCAAGCAGAGUGGGCAGCUGAUGCACGACUCGGAGCGGGCGGGCACGGCGCUGGUGCGGGCCAGCCGCAUCGGGCGCAAGGUGACUGGCCGCUGCGCCAUCGAGCUGGGUGUGCUGCACGAGUACCUGGGCCUCAUGCCGGCGGCGCACAAGGGCCUGCGCGCGCGUGAGAAGGCGCUCCUCACAGCCGACACACUGCAGGCGGACCUGGAGGCCCGGCGCCGCGCCAUCGGCGACCUGGAGGCGGCGGGGGCCAAGGUGCUGGGCGGGGACGCAGCCAAGGCCAAGAAGGUGGCCGAGCUGUCUGGCGACGUGUCUGUCCUGGAGCAGUCCAUUGCGGCGGCGCGGUCGCAGUACGACAAGAUCAAGGACGUCAACAGACAGGAGAUGUCCCGGCUGCAGUGCGAGCUGCGCGGCGACCUGCUGGCCAUGGCUCAGCACUAUGGCGCCGUCAUGGAGGCGGCGGCGCGCAGGGACACGGAGAUAUGGCUGCAGGCAGCCACGGAGCUGGGCGCCACGCCGGCGCAGCUGGCCGCCGCCAAGGCCAGCCUCGUGCAGCCGCCCGGAGCCGCCCGGGCCGCAGCUGCUACCGCUGGUGCUGCUGCUGGUGCCGGUGCUGGUGCUGGUGCCGGCGUCGGGCCAGCAGCAGCAGCAGCACUUGGAGCUGGAGUAACGGGGACAGCGGGGGAGCGUGUGUCCAAUGCACCCGGGCUUGGCGGCGGCGGCGGCGGCGGCGGGGCGGCGGCGGCGGUGAGCGGCUCCGCCGCAGGGGGGCGCGGAGUGGACGGCGCUCCGGGGUCGCUGCCUGCAGCGGGGGUUGGGGCGGGGGUGUCGUGGGGGGUGGCGGCCGGGGCCGGGGGCGGCGGGUUUGCGGCCGGGUCAGGGUCGAUGGGGGAGGUCGACUUGCACGGGACCGGGCCGGCGGCGGCGGGGGCCGCGGGGGGGUCGGGAAACACACAUGGCGUUGCGCACCCGUUGUGAGGCUAGGCGUGCGUGUGUUGUGUGCUGUGCUGCUGCGUGCCGGCCCGGGUUGUAGGGGUGAUGGCGAGACGCGUGGUGCCCGGGCACGCGGUCAUGGAGGUUGUGGGGUGUGUGUGUGUGGAGGAGUCGACGUGCGCUGAAGUCUGGGGGUGGAGGUGCCACUGGAUGCGGUCGUGGGCAGGGCAGGUGGUGGUAGACCGGAUGCCGCCGACGGCAACGUGUCAACAUGGAGAAGUUACGUGGCGGCCCACGUGUGCCCCACUUGGCGGCCCCACGUGUGCAGUGGUAGCGGUGGGGCUUGGCGUUAACGGAUCUCGGGCUGGGACGUGGGAGGUGGUGCGGUCGAGCCAGCUGCCAGCGGUGCCGCGCGGGGAAGGGCAAGCGGUACGGCACGGCUCUUGCGGUUCCGUGAGGCCGCAACAUGUUGGAUGGCAGGAUUUCAUGGGGGGGAUGCAUGUACGGGGCAAAUGGUUUAGCAACACUUUGGGACCGUAGGUCUGUGCUAGCCUCGCCAUUAUUUUAGCAUCGCCGAUAGUAGUUCUGUAGCAGCGGGUCCGGACGGAGCUGCCGGUCUCUCUCCGUGUAACCAAUGCAAUCU